AUGGAUGUGUUUUGUACAGGUGUUAGCGCUGUAUUUAACGGCGUCGGCUCAGACCAGCUACUCCAGCAGCAUCAAUCACAGCAACAAUUAACAGGCGCGGCCGCAGUGGAGACUUCCUCUUUGGCUGCACCAGCGUCAUCCCGCAAGUUCGGCGGCGGUCAUGUGUCGGCACACACGACGGUUCACAUCACUACCUCCACGGAGGUGGACCUGUGCGAUGAGCAGCGCAUCGACGAUAUUCGUACGACACUCCGCAUGCUGGAGGACAUUGGGCAUGGGCGUCACCUUAUAAAUUGGACAGAGUUGGUUGACCCAAGUCAACCAGUGGAAUCGGCAAAGAAAAUCAGCGCUGCGUUGGCGCGACCUACCACAGUUCCCAGUGCUAUCGCCAGCGUCGCGGAGUGCAUCACAACACCGGCGCACCUGUCGAUUGUAGCCCUGUUAGAUCCGCCUUUCUUGGCGAAGGUGCGGUAUGCCGUAUUGCACGAUCUUCUGAACGCCCUGACAAUGGCGCAUGACCUUGACCCCAUGCCCGUUUGUUCUGAAAUGCUGGUAGAGAUGGCGAAACUUAAUCUCGUAGUACUUCGCGGUGUGGCAUCGACUCUGGAGGCACUAUUGGGUGAUCCAGGCAGUCGCCGGGCGGCCAUUGCGGCGUUGGGAAAGCUGGCAGAUCAGCAACGCGGCAAUGAGGUGUUUCUGGGGGCGAUACAAAACUUGGAGCCCCUCGUGCGGACGAUAGAGGAGCCGGAGUACGUGUACGACUGCCUCACUAUUGCGCGUCUCUUAGGAUGGGAUGGACCUCACAGGGCGGCGUCGCUUGUGCCGGUGAAAAAGAUGGAGCAACCUUCCACGGUGGCUUCCAUGGUAUAUUUUCGCCAGCGCGAUGAGCUUGUCUCGGGGCGCCGUGAUGGAGUAGUCACCAUAUGGGGGGGGGCACACCCGUCCACGGGGGAUAUUAAGGCGGCAAUGACGAUAGAUCUUCCACCGCAGUGUGUGCCCGUAGCGAUGGACGGUCCACCACGAGGGAACUACCUGGUAAUCGCUGGAAUGCCAUUUCCUGCUGCCAACUUGCAGGCCAUGGAAGUUGAGAACGGCAGCAUGAGCGCUAACCUCCUUAACAACAGUAGCAGUAAAAAGCGAAACUCACCCGCAGCCGUGACCAAGGGACCUUUUCUACGCUUUCUUACUUGCAAUGAGAAUACAGGGGUGUGGACAAAUGGAGAGACGAUAUCGCGAAAAGAAAAUGUUACACUGACGGCGGUGGCCGCGUUAGGAAGUCUUGUCGUGUGUACCGCAGAAAGCGCCCCUACCGAAAAAUUUUCUGAGUCUGGACUGCAGCACGACUUAGUUCUUCUUAACGGCCACACCUCACAACCUUUGCGACGCAUUGAAAAUGCACAUGAUGAUUGUAUCACCGUCAUUCGCGCCGCUGAGGAUGGUGAUCGCAUUCUCUUUACAGGCUCACGUGACUCAGUGAUCAAAGUGUGGGACACCCGUAGUGGCAGCAAUCGUGCCAGUUUAACAAGUACUGCCACGAUGGCUGGCCAAGGGACACCGCUGUAUCGGCUGAAAGGCAGCCACACAGACACUAUUACGUCAAUCCUGCUCCACCGCAAUGCUCUUUUGACGGCAUCCCUAGACGGUUCAUUUCUGGUGUGGGAUGCACGCCGCAUGAAUGAGCCGAUGCAUGAACUGCACCUCAGGGAUCCAAUCCUUGACCUCGCGCUUUUAGAUAGUGGCUACGUUGUCAUCUCUACCGCGCGGGGGCUCAACCUCUACUCACUUGAUACUCGUAAGACACAUGAUGUCAUUCCUAACGUUGCCUUUACGCAGCUUAAGGCAAACAAUGAUGGUAGCGUCGUUUUCGCUGCAGGUGGUGGCGGAGUCAGCAUGUAUGCGCUCCAACGCUAG